AUGAUUGACUACCAAUCCGCAUCCGACAAAUGUAAACACCAGGCGUUAGCGGGCAUGGAGUCCUACCAUUACCUCUUCCUGGUCGGCACGAAAGUCUCAGCUCGAGGACGGGGUCUUGCAUCACAGAUUAUUCGCAAGAAGCAAGCACAGGCGACGAAGGAGGGACUUCCGAUCUGGCUGGAGGCGACUACGGAACGCUCGCGGGAUGUUUACAAGGGAUGUGGGUUCGACGUCGUGGGCACUUUCAAGCUCGGGGAAGGUCAUUUCGCAUCGACUGGAGACAAGGAGGACGGAGGUCCGGGUGCGACCAUUUGGGCAAUGUUGUGGAAGCCUGAGAAGGAUGAGGAUGUAAUGUAA